GCAUGAAGAGUUAUGGUGUGCAUGUGUUAAAUACUGUCUAUGGUUAAAUGCAUCACCUCACCUUUGCUAGCUCACGUCUGACUCCCACGUCAUGAAUGUGUGCGCGGCACGUCACCGAGCAAGAGCUAAAGAGAGGAACAGCGCGCCCCCGAGCGUACGCAAAGUCCGUGUGCUCUCCACAGUUGUCAUUUCGAACACGUUACGGAAACUACAGAUGCUGUGCAAUGCACUGUUUUUCACCGAAGACGAUGGAAAAAUCGUGAACGCAAUUCCAUCCGUGCACGAGCAAAUUAACACGAAGAACUUUCGCUUGGCUUUGAAGGAAAAGCGAGCUCAUGGGUUCCGGUGACGAACUGCUUUUUCGCUGUCAGGAAACUCGCUGCGCUAAAGAUUCAUUCUGGCAUCUGCUGUUUAUCAUCAUCAACAUCAUGAGAAUGCUUGGACUAAUGUCGCCUAAAGGUCCCAUCCCCUGCUUAUUAUCACCAAAUUUGCUUGCACGGCCAUCUGGGAGCGCAUUUUCGCACUUUCUCUUGAGUUUUCACUGAGUUUAACCGUCAUCAGCGGAAAGGGGAAUUUGUUCUCGAAGUUCAAGUAGCCGCUGACUGUAACGCGCACGCUCUUUUGUCCAGAUCUUCGACAGAGCGAUUCCUGUGCAGUUAUCCUCACGCGUUUUUCGCUUUUACUUCGGUAAAGUGGAUACACGAAGGCUGAUUACACAGUUCCAUGCCUUCAUUCAUAAUAAUUUGUCUCAUAAUAAUGCGGAGAUUGUCCAAGCAUCGAGCUGAGGGCUCCUUUUCUUCUUUAUUUGGCUUUACAAAGUUGUUACGCACAGAAUCCAUUAACGCGUACGGACUGUUACCGAUUCGCCUUUCAAUAGAAAAGUGAAAACUGUACGUUCGUGCAUUGAGCUGGCCAUCACAUCCACAUCGACGGAGGGGGAAAAUACGCAAACCUUAGCAGGAAAAGAAGCCAUCAAAAUUACGGAAAUCCUUUUUUUCCCUCCAGUCGGCUAUUACAAAUGCAUUCUGUGUGAGCAACUCGCUUAUAUUUGCACGAUUUGGGUUAACGUUACUUUAAUAAAUUUUUAUCCCUUGGACGUUAAGUUUAUUAUUCAGAUUUAUUAUGAACUCCAUGCAUUAGUUAUUAUGUCUACACAAAGCUAUACCGAUGUGUCGCGUGACGAAACGUCAAUAUUUCCUUCCUAGUCACUAGGUCGCUACAUUCUCUCAGCAUAAACUGGAAAUUACGUAUUUUUUGUGUGUUUAAGAGGUAUUUUCUCUUUACUGGUCUGAGGAAUACGUUUGAUGGAUGUUGUGGGAGACCCUCAGGGGUCCGCGCGCCUGAAUGCGCGUUAGCAAUGGCAGCGGCCUGGAUAUAUGUGGACAGGAAUAGUGUAUUAACUGUACCUGUAACGGUUGUCUUCACGAUAUACAUCGACUUUCCGAAAACAGGACAGAAAGUGACUCUGUGAAGAGCCCUCCAUCACCUGCGUGCAGUUCGGGCCAUUGAUGGGUGACACUAGAGGACAGUGUGUGUGAGGACCUUCAACCCUGAACUCCGAUCAAGAGCACACACACAUUCAUAUCGCCAACAUGAAUGAGAGACAGGCUCUCCAUUCAAUUAUGAAGGAUCUGGUGGCCCUGCAGAUGACCAGGCGCCAGCCGGCAUCAACUUAUGACACAGCAAAACCUAAACCAGUCAGCACUGCCAGCUCUUCCAAAAGAAUGGAGGAUGUCAGGAUUAAGUUUGAGUUCUGUGGUGAACGAAGGAUUCUGAUGUUUGGGCGGCCUGUGCAGUUUGAGGAAGUCCAGCAGAAAGUCAAAACAUUCUUCGGUCAGCAGUUAGACCUGCAUUAUAUGAAUAAUGAGCUGUCCAUCCCUCUGCGCAAUCAGGACGACUUGGAUAAAGCCAUUGAUCUGUUGGACCGCAGCUCAAACAUGAAGAGCAUCAAGAUCAUGCUGCUGACACAGGAACAAAGCAAUGCCUCUUCUCCGUCUCAUCACACAGUGUGUAAGCAGGUUCGCAUCAAAACCUCACAGUCCACCGGUGAUGUCAGUACUGCCUACCAAUCCUCCGAAUCGAGAGGACGCCACCACUCCACCAGCUCUCAGAACACUGGCCGAAGUUCUCCACCCCCCGGUUACGUUCCAGAGUGCCAACAGCGAAUCGCACGUCAGGGGUCGUAUACCAGCAUCAAUAGCGAGGGGGAGUUCAUACCUGAAACCAGUGAACAGUGUGUGCUGGAUCCUUGGAGCAGUGCAGAAAACUCAGUGUCCGGCAGCUGUCAGUCACUUGACAGCAACUCUGACAGUCCCUCACUCAGGAAACCUCGUACACACAGGGUUAAGAGUUACCCUGACAACAGACAGGACUGUGCAGACCGGGAAAACCAUGUAUAUGAUAAGAUUGUAGGGAAGGGAGGGACAUACCCUCGCAGGUAUCACGUAUCGCUGCAUCAUAAAGACCACAGUGAAGGUCGACGGACCUUUCCACGGAUCCGUCGUGCCCAGGGAAACUUAUUCACGUUGGUGCCAUCCCGGCGCUCACUGAACGGCAGUGAGGAGAGUUUGGGGAGCUGGCAGCUGGUUGAUACUCAAACCAGACUCCGCCCACAGGAGCGCACGGUCCCACAUAAGUCCCCUACAGCUCCAGUGACGUGGCGUAGGGGGAAGCUGCUGGGCCAGGGUGCGUUCGGAAGCGUUUAUCUGUGCUAUGAUGUGGACACCGGCAGGGAACUUGCAGCAAAACAGGUUCAUUUUGACCCUUCCAGUCCAGAGACCAGCAAGGAGGUGAGUGCUUUAGAGUGUGAGAUACAGCUGUUGAAGAACCUGCAUCACGAACGAAUCGUUCAGUACUACGGUUGCCUUAAAGACCAUAAUGAGAAGACCCUCACCAUUUUCAUGGAGUAUAUGCCCGGAGGUUCAGUCAAAGACCAGCUGAAGGCUUAUGGGGCUUUGACGGAGAAUGUGACACGCAAGUACACCAGACAAAUUUUGGAGGGCAUGUCCUACUUACACAGCAACAUGAUCGUCCACAGAGACAUCAAAGGUGCCAACAUCCUGCGAGAUUCAGCCGGCAAUGUGAAGCUGGGAGAUUUUGGCGCCAGUAAGCGGCUUCAGACCAUCUGCAUGUCCAGCACUGGGGUGCGCUCUGUUACUGGAACGCCGUACUGGAUGAGCCCAGAGGUCAUCAGUGGAGAGGGGUACGGCCGGAAGGCAGAUGUCUGGAGUCUAGGCUGCACUGUGGUGGAGAUGUUGACAGAAAAGCCCCCGUGGGCUGAAUUCGAGGCCAUGGCAGCCAUAUUUAAGAUCGCCACUCAGCCCACCAACCCCCAGCUGCCCUCUCACAUCUCCGAGCACACGCGGGACUUCCUCCGCUGCAUCUUCGUGGAGGCCAAGCACCGGCCGAGUGCAGAGGAGUUGCUCAGACAUCCCUUCUCCCAGAUCUUGUGCUGAGGAGACCCACUGUCCAUCUAGCUGCUUCCACAGAUUAAAACCCCUCAGUUCCUUAUUCAAAGAGUGAUAAGCUCAGUUUCAAAGGCAAUCUGCGUUUCCAGAGCAUGUGACCUGCCAGCACCCAAUCCUCUGUUGCCUGGAUUAGGUCACAGAACUGGUUUAUUCACUAAUGGUUUGUAAUAUGAUGUCUUCGGGACAGCAGUGGGCGCUGCGGGACUUGAGGAUGUCAUAAGAGGAGGUUAGGGCCACUGAACUGCUUCAAACCGGACUUUUUCUUGCAACAACUGCCAAAUGUGCCUUCUAAAGCCAGCAGGGGUCAAUAAGUUUCACCAAGAAAAUCUAGUAAUGUUUCAUACAGUCCACAGCAGAGUUAUGAAGUCAGUGUUUUUAUGUACUAUUUCCCUUUCCACACAGAUUCUCGUGUGCACCCGUUGUCUCUAUGACUUCAGGCAUUAAGUGUUAAAGGAAAUAUCAUAAGUGCGUCUCAGUUUGUUUCUGCCUCAGAUGAAUGAGGGUCUUGCGCACGUCAGCUUUGAAUGGUUUGCAUUCAUGAUUAAUCUUAUAUAUUGAUUAAUCUUCAUAGAAUUGCACUUCAGUAAGAACUGUUUUGGUCUGUUACAGAAAGCAGUUUAUAUUCGUUUUUUUGACUGAGGUAUGAUGCCGAGAAUCAGGAUGUGAGGUUAUAGUGUUAAAGUCAGAAUGUUCUUUGGUUAAAGUGUAAUGUGUUGUUUUGUACCGCAGUAGUGCCUUAUAAUGUCCUGCAGAGAGCAGCAGUGCAGUACUUAAGAUGCAGCUAAUCUCACUAAUGCUAUUCCCAUAAUGAUGAGAUGUUAAAUUGGGAAUCUCGUAAGUUUUAUCGGUUAUUUUGGGUGUGGCGAGACAUUGAGAGCACAAUAGGAUUUAUAAUUGUUUUCGUUCCAGCCCAGCCAAAGAAAAUGUAUUAAGCAAGUGUUGUGCCUUAAGUUUAGUAUGGCAGUAUAUUGGACUUAUUUGGAUCAGAUGCACUUUUGAAUAUGAAUGUUGAAUAUACCAAAUUGUUAAUUUUUUUUUUACACAGAAUGUGAAGCCUUUUUCACUUUUAUUUAUAUCCCAAUGUUCAGCCAUUUUUAUAUACGAGUAUAUAUGUGUAUGUAUAAAUCUAUUUUUAUAUAGUGACUCUGAACCGAGUUGUGCUUUUAGGAACAGAAGAUGAGUUAGAAACAAGAAUUGUAACAGCAGCUGGUUUUGCAGAGACUACAACAUGAUUUUACAUGUUUAUUACUGGCUGGAAAUUGAGCUCUGGAGAUUUAUGCCAUGCCUGAUCUGUGCAAGUCAUGCUUGUUUAGUGUUUAUUGUGCGUCUGUGUCUGUCUGUUUUUCUGUGUGUUUUUACACCCGAGGAUGUCGUGGAGAAUCUCAUGCAGACAGGAUUUUGAUGCAGGUUGUCACAGGAAGUGAGCAGUGCCUUGAAUCAUUCUCAGAAAUGCAUGAACACAGAUGAUUCACAUUAGCAGCCACUUAGGAAGGACUUACAUAGAUAUUUGCCUUUACGUAUUCAGGGGUGCUGUGUUUGAAAGAAAAUUAAGAAAAAGUGUAAAAGUAAGAUUUAGUUUUUAUGUUAAGGAAAAAAACAUGGUUUGAGGGUUGAUGUGCACUGCCAUAGAUAGGUUAGGGUCAGAAAGAUUUUUGUGAAAGAAAGUGUGUUUAUUCAGUAAGCAGCUCAACUGCUUUCAUCACUGAUAAGAAUAAUGGGAAAUGUUUCUUGAGCAAAGCAUUAUAUUAGAGUGAUUUCUGAAGAAUCUCUGAAGAAUCCAUCUUUUCCAUUAUAGUGAUAAAUAACAUUUUAAAGCAUUAAAAAAAAGUUUAUUUUAAAUGGAAAUCUUUUUUUUAUAGUAUUACUGUUCUUAGUCUAUUUUUAUUUUUUUAUCCAGUGCGCACACACACACACACACACACAAAAGUCUUACUAACCUCUAACGUCUGAAUGGUAGGGUAUUUCAGAACUUAUUCGAAAUGCAGGAAGUUGUAUUAUACACAUGCAGACUUGCCAUGUUUAUGAGGAACUGAGAAAAGUGUGUGAAAAGGCACUACGCUUUCUUUGGAAAUGUGUCAUAGGGUAUUUUGCUCAAGUGAAAGGGUAGGUGGAUGCCGGGGCGAAUUUCCACUCAGCUUGACGACUUUGUUUAGCUCAGGGUUUGAAUGACAGGUGUCCAUCAUACGGACACACCAACACUGACCAAAGGACCAGUUGUCCUCUUCUUAUAUUGUUUCGAAAGCAUUUUGGCCUCCUCAAAACAGUUGAAUGGCUCAAAUAUGAUUUCAAAUAGCUGCUAGUUUUUUGUUUAGGCAGCUAAGAAUCUGUAUUGUACCAAAGACUGAGAAAUGUCUCAGAGAAAUGUCACAGUAAGUCUUGUUGAGAACCCUGGGAUAAGCAAAAGAAUACAAGCCAAUAGGAUAGAUACACAGUAUAUGAUUUAUGUAUCUUGACGUGGGACUUGCAGUGCAAAGUCCAGUGUAUCAAAUAUUUUCAAAUAAAAAAAAUAUACACAAAACCUUGUAUUUAA